GCUGAAGAGAGCCGAGGUCAGGCAGGUGGGCGAGCCGGAGGCAGAAGCGGCCAGCGAGUGGGGGGGGGGGUCAGCCCGGAGUCAAGCCGUCGCCAUGCGUGAGAUCGUGCACAUCCAGGCCGGCCAGUGUGGCAACCAGAUAGGGGCGAAGUUCUGGGAAGUCAUCAGCGACGAGCACGGAAUUGACCCCACCGGCAGCUACCACGGAGACAGUGACCUACAGCUAGAGAGGAUCAACGUCUACUACAAUGAAGCAACUGGUAACAAGUACGUGCCCCGUGCCAUCCUUGUGGACUUGGAGCCUGGCACAAUGGACUCUGUCAGGUCUGGACCUUUUGGGCAGAUCUUUAGACCCGACAACUUUGUCUUUGGCCAGAGUGGUGCUGGGAAUAACUGGGCCAAGGGCCACUACACGGAGGGAGCUGAGCUGGUGGACUCUGUGCUGGAUGUGGUAAGGAAGGAAUCGGAGAGCUGUGACUGCUUGCAGGGCUUCCAGUUGACCCAUUCCCUGGGCGGUGGCACGGGCUCUGGGAUGGGGACACUCCUCAUCAGCAAGAUCCGGGAGGAGUAUCCCGACCGGAUAAUGAACACGUUCAGCGUGAUGCCAUCCCCUAAGGUGUCGGACACAGUGGUGGAGCCCUACAAUGCCACACUGUCCGUCCACCAGCUGGUGGAGAACACAGAUGAAACCUACUGUAUUGACAAUGAGGCCUUGUACGAUAUCUGCUUCCGCACACUCAAACUCACAACUCCGACGUACGGGGACCUCAACCAUUUGGUGUCAGCCACCAUGAGCGGCGUCACCACCUGCCUUCGCUUCCCUGGCCAACUGAAUGCCGACCUCCGCAAGCUGGCGGUCAACAUGGUGCCAUUCCCUCGCCUGCACUUCUUCAUGCCGGGCUUUGCUCCUCUCACGAGCCGCGGAAGCCAGCAAUACCGAGCCCUGACAGUGCCAGAACUGACCCAGCAGAUGUUUGAUUCUAAGAACAUGAUGGCGGCCUGCGACCCGCGCCACGGGCGCUACCUGACAGUGGCGGCCAUUUUCCGGGGCAGAAUGUCCAUGAAGGAAGUGGACGAGCAGAUGCUCAACGUCCAGAACAAGAACUCCUCCUACUUCGUGGAGUGGAUCCCCAACAACGUCAAGACGGCCGUGUGCGACAUCCCUCCGCGAGGCCUCAAGAUGUCCGCCACCUUCAUUGGCAACAGCACGGCCAUCCAGGAGCUCUUCAAGAGGAUCUCUGAGCAGUUCACAGCCAUGUUCCGCCGCAAGGCCUUCCUGCACUGGUACACCGGAGAGGGCAUGGAUGAGAUGGAGUUCACCGAGGCCGAGAGCAACAUGAAUGACCUGGUCUCCGAAUACCAGCAAUACCAAGACGCCACAGCGGAUGAGCAGGGAGAGUUUGAAGAGGAAGGCGAGGAGGACGAGGCUUAGGAUCGCAGGGGUUUUGUGCAGUGGGGCAAGUUUAGUGCAAUGGGGCAAGUGUUUUGGGACACAGUCUGUUCAGCUCUGCUGAUGCAUGCUUUUUCAGUUCAACUUGGUGCUUUCUCUGCUGGCUUUGUCAGCAGAUUUACUCGUUGUGAAACAGUAGUUGCAAAAGAGUUAUGACAAGGUCUUCUGUCUAAAUGUCUGAUACAAACAUAAAAGGCAUUUGUGUUUCA